CGUGUUAUGAUUUGUCGACAUGUUACUAUGUUAGGAAAAACCUACAACUCAAUUAUCUGUUUUCAUUAAGUUUAAUUUUUGUAAGUAUUAAUCAUGGACCGCUCAAGAAAGAAAGUCGAUUUAGGGUCUCAAAUCCAAAUAAAAUUCAUUACAAAACAAGAAAUUUAUGCUGUACCAGAAUUUCCUUUUGCUGUUGAUUCAAAAAUCCAAUGUGAAAAUUUGAACAAACUAGUGAAUGAGUUAUUGAAAGAUAAAUUAUCUGACGAUAAUGGAGUUGUGAAAAAGGUUGAUUUUGAUUUUUUGGUCAAUGGUGAAUUACUGCGCACUCCUUUGGAUAUUCAUUUGUCACACAAAAAUGUAUCUAGUGAAAGCAAUGUGGUUGUUGAAUACAUGGAAGCUACUCCUUCACCCGAACCAAUGGAUUGCCUUAUACAUGAUGACUGGGUAUCCGCUAUACAUUCUAUGGGACCUUGGAUCAUAACAGGAUGUUAUGAUAAUUCAAUUCAUAUAUGGACAAACAAAGGGAAACAUAAAACAGGUAUAUCAGGGCAUACUGGUCCUGUGAAAGCAGUACAAUGGAUAUCUGUUUCAAAUGAUUCCGCAACAUUUGUUAGUGGUUCUCAAGAUCAAUCAAUUAGAGUUUGGGAUUGGGAUAUAAAAAAAGGAACUACCAAUUGUUUACAAAUUGGCCGUGGACAUGAAAGAUCCGUUGAAUGUAUAAGUGUUAGUCCAGAUUCAACCAGAUUUGCUACUGGUGGAUGGGACACUAUGUUGAAAAUUUGGUCAUCAGAUCCAAAUUAUGAGCCUGCUGAUAAACCUGCUAAGAAACUAAAAUCCGAAACAAAAAUUAUGCCUCCAAUCAUGACAUUAAAAGGCCACAAAGAAAAUAUAUCAUCUGUUCAGUUUAUUAACAACUCUGAUCUAAUAACAGCUUCUUGGGAUCAUACUAUAAAACAUUGGGAUGGAGAGAUAGGUGGAAUCAAAACCGAAAUUGUUGGUAACAAAUCAUUUUUCAAUCAUGAUUACUCAGAUUUGAAUGGAUCUGUAAUCACGUGUUCAUCUGAUAGACAUAUUAGAUUAUAUGAUCUAAGAUCAAAAGAGGGAUCAUUAGUUAAAGGUACCUACUCUUCACACACACAAUGGGUGACCACUGUCAGAUGGUCUAAAUCAGAAGAAUAUCAGUUUGUAUCUGGUGGUUAUGAUAAUCAAAUGAAAUUGUGGGAUACUAGAAGCCCUAAAGUACCAUUGUUUGAAUUAACGGGCCACGAAGAGAAAGUGAUGUGCAGUGAUUGGUCAAAUCAAAAAUUAAUACUGUCCGGUGGAGCUGAUAAUACUGUUAGAAUUUUUAAAAAUAAAAAUGUUAAAACCGAUUAGUACAUUAAAUUUGAGUUAUUUUAACUAUUUCACUUA